UGCACUUCCGGUCCCUCCGACACCACGAUGGAGCUCGGGGAAGGAUGGCGGGCGAGGCUGGGCGGGCCGGGCGGCGAGGAGGCCGAGGAGGAGGAGAGCGGUUCCGAGGCCGAGGAGCUGUCUGUGGGGCGCGGCGGCCGCGGCGGAGACUUCGCAGUGGGUUUUGCGUUCACCGAGGCGUCGGCAGGGCCCAGCGGAGGGCCCUGGGCGGAGGUGCUGAGGCAGCUCAAGGGGAAGAGAUCCGCUACUAGCCUGGACGAGAAGAUUGCAACUGUAAGAAAGAAAAGGAAAGCCCAGGAAAAGAAAGCUAAACAAGGGCCAGCAAAAGAAGAUCCUGAGGAGGCUACACAGGAGAAUGUAGACAAGGUGGAUGCCAGAGGAAGUGAGGAGGAGGAUGCAGAGGAGGAGGAGUUGGAGUCUGAGUACUCUUCGGCAGAUGAGAGCAUCUUCACAAAAGCUGAUACACUCAAGGUGAAGCAGCGACGGAAAAGGAAGCGAGGUGGAGAGGAACCUGAGCAGUUCUUUGAAGAUGCUUCACAGUACGAUGACAGCCUGUCCUUCCAAGAUAUGAACCUCUCCCGGCCUUUGCUGAAGGCAAUAACCGCCCUGGGCUUCAAGCAGCCGACCCCCAUCCAGAAGGCCUGCAUCCCUGUGGGGCUCCUGGGGAAGGACAUCUGCGCAUGUGCGGCUACAGGGACAGGGAAGACAGCGGCCUUCAUUCUGCCUGUGCUGGAGCGCCUGAUCUACAAGCCCCGCCAAGCCCCAGUGACGCGGGUGCUGGUUCUGGUGCCCACUCGGGAGCUGGGCAUUCAGGUGCACUCCGUCACGAAGCAGCUGGCGCAGUUCACCAGCGUCACCGCCUGUCUGGCCGUGGGGGGCCUGGACCUGAAGACCCAGGAGGCGGCGCUGCGCUCGGGCCCCGACAUCCUCAUCGCGACCCCCGGACGCCUCAUUGACCACCUGCACAACUGCCCCUCCUUCCACCUGGGCAGCAUUGAGGUCCUCAUCCUGGACGAGGCUGACCGGAUGCUGGACGAGUACUUUGAAGAGCAGAUGAAGGAGAUCAUCCGGCUGUGUUCCCGACAUCGCCAGACCAUGCUCUUUUCUGCCACCAUGACAGACGAGGUGAAAGACUUGGCCUCCGUUUCCUUGAAGAACCCUGUCCGGGUCUUUGUGAACAGCAAUACGGAUGUGGCCCCGUUUCUGCGCCAGGAGUUUGUCCGCAUCCGGCCCAGCCGUGAGGGAGACCGGGAGGCGAUUGUGGCAGCCCUCCUGACUCGGACAUUCCUGGACCAUGUGAUGCUCUUCACACAGACCAAGAAGCAAGCGCACCGGCUGCACAUCCUGCUGGGCCUGAUGGGCCUCCGUGUCGGGGAGCUGCAUGGUGACCUCUCACAGACACAGCGCCUGGAAGGGCUCCGGCGCUUCAAGGACGAGCAGAUUGAUGUGCUGGUGGCCACAGAUGUUGCGGCACGAGGACUGGACAUUGAAGGUGUCAAAACGGUGAUCAACUUCACGAUGCCCAACACCACCAAGCAUUAUGUGCACCGCGUGGGACGCACAGCGCGCGCAGGGCGGGCUGGCCGCUCCGUCUCCCUGGUGGGCGAAGAGGAGCGCAAGAUGCUGAAGGAGAUUGUGAAGGCCGCCAAGGCGCCCGUCAAGGCCAGAGUCCUUCCCCAGGAUGUGAUUCUGCGCUUCCGGGAGAAGAUUGAGAAGCUGGAGUCGGACGUCUAUGCUGUGCUGCGCCUGGAGCGCGAGGAGAGGGAGCUGCAGCACUCAGAGGCCCAGAUCAACACUGCCAAGCGGAAACUGGAGACAAGUGCUCAGGAAGGGACAGAGGGCGCUGCCCGCAGCUGGUUCCAGAGCCGGGAGGAGAGGAAGAAGGAGAAGCUUGCCAAGGCCCUGCAGGAGUUUGACUUGGCGCUGCGAGGCACCAGGAAGCGGAAGAAGUUCAUGAAGGAGUCUCAGAAGAAGGCGACCCAGCUGACGCCAGAGGAGCGGUCCCAGUUCGAGAUCCUGAAGUCCCAGAUGUAUGCCGAGCGUCUGGCCAAGAGGAAUCGCCGCCCCAAGCGUGCCAGGGCCAUCCCCGAGGAGGCUCCGCCCGCAACUGCCAAAGGAGGGCCCAGGCAGCAGCCCAAGAAGAAGACGUCCGUGUUUGAUGAGGAGCUCACCAACACCAGCCGUAGAGCCCUGAAGCAGUAUCGGGCGGGGCCCUCGUUCGAAGACCGCAAGCGCCUGGGUCUUGCCUCAAGGAGGAAAGGAGGGAAUUUCAGAGCAGCUAGUUCCAGGUACAAGAGGAAGAAGUGAGGAAGAAGUUUCUGGGUGGUGGAGCCCUUUUUGAGGCUUGGGAUCCAAGUGAGCCUUCCUGGAGGCAGCAGCACCAGCCACAUCCAGGCGGCUGGAGGCAGCUUCGGCCUGGGAAGGACAAGCCAGACUGCUUCCCGCUGUUGCAGCCUUUCCUGUAAAGAGGAAUUCACCAGCCAGUGUCUUGCUUGCCUGCGUAUUGUAGCUCCAUUUGCUUUCUAACCUUUCUCACCAAGGAGGAAACUGUUCAUGUUCUGAAAAACUGUAGAUUAUUCUACACGUUUAUCAUUAAAAAGGACUUUUUCGAUUGA